AUGGACGACCACAUGAGCGACGUUGACCAGCAGCGCGAGGAGGAGCAGCUCGAGGCCAAGAUUGCGAACGAAGAGUACAAGAUCUGGAAGAAAAACUCAGUAUGGCUCUACGACAUGCUCUAUGCUCGCGCCUUGGAGUGGCCAACCCUCACGGCACAAUGGCUUCCGGACAAGAGAGAGGUGCCAGGCUCAAACCUUGCUCAGCACCGCAUUCUCUUUGGCACGAACACCUCGGACCAGGCGCAGAACUACCUCCAAAUCGCGAGCAUUGAAAUUCCCGAAAUGCAGACCCCGGAGCCUGCGGAAUACGACGACCAAAGGGGCGAGAUUGGUGGCCACGGUGCUGGAAAGAAGGGGUCGUUUAGCUUCAACGUCAUUCAGCGCAUCAACCACCCCGGGGAGAUCAAUAAGGCCCGCUACCAGCCCCAGAACCCGAACAUCAUCGCAACCAUGUGCACGGACGGUCGGGUCUUGGUGUUCGACCGGACCAAGCACAGCAGCAACCCCAAUUCGGAUGGCAUCGUGAAACCUGACAUGGAAUUGAAGGGUCACGCUGAGGAGGGCUUUGGUCUGAGUUGGAGCCCGCACGUCGAGGGUCAAGUGGUUACUGGUUCUCAAGACUCUACCGUCCGGCUAUGGGAUACCAAAGCUGGUUUUAGCAAGAGCAGCUCCGUCAUUUCGCCGUCGCGUACCUUCACACACCAUGCGGCUUGCGUCAACGAUGUUCAACACCAUCCGCUACAUAAGGACUGGAUUGCUACCGUUUCGGACGACUUGACGCUGCAGAUUCUGGACCUCCGCCAGGAGACGAACAAGAGGGGCCUCUACAGGAAGGAGACUCACACCGACGCCGUCAACUGUGUAGCCUUCCAUCCUGCAUGGGAAUCCAUUGUCGUGACUGGUUCUGCAGACAAGUCGGUCGCCAUGUGGGACCUGCGCUGCUUGGAUAAGAAGAUUCAUAGUUUCGAAGGCCACACACAACCGGUCAUGAACCUCGAGUGGCACCCCACCGAUCACUCCAUUUUGGCCAGCUCCAGCUAUGACAAGCGCGUUCUCAUGUGGGAUGCAAGCAAGAUUGGCGAAGAGCAGACGGAAGAAGAGGCUGAAGAUGGCCCGCCCGAACUCCUUUUCAUGCAUGGUGGCUUCACGAACUCCGUCUGCGACUUUAGCUGGAACAAGAAUGACCCUUGGGUCAUGCUCGCUGCCGCUGAAGACAACCAGCUACAGGUCUUUAGGCCCGCGAGAACCAUCGUGGAGGUACCGAAGAAGAAGGUUUCCAACCGCGAUAUUUCGGAGUAA